AUGGGCAAGCUUGUGACAGUAGCGACUUGCUCCCUCAACCAAUGGGCGCUUGAUUUUGACGGCAAUGCGGAGCGCAUCAUCACAAGUAUCAAGCAAGCCAAGGCAGCGGGUGCUCGGCUGAGAGUCGGUCCUGAGCUGGAGGUUUGCGGAUAUGGAUGUGCAGAUCACUACUUGGAGGGCGACCUCUUUCUUCACUGCUGGGAAUCUCUGGCGACCAUCAUCACCCACCCCGAUGUCAGCGACUGUAUCCUCGACAUCGGCAUGCCUGUGCGCCACAAUUCAGUCCGCUACAACUGUCGCGUUAUUGUCUUGAACAAGAAGAUUCUCCUCAUCCGUCCCAAAAUGGCCAUGUGCGAGGAAGGCAACUACUUUGAGUCUCGAUGGUUCACCCCGUGGACACGGAAACGAGAAGUCGAAGACUACCCGCUCGAAGAUGCAAUUAGCAGCGUCACAGGCCAGAGAACUGCACCGUUUGGCGAUGGCGUUCUCCAGACUAUUGACACGCUGGUUGGCGCAGAAACGUGUGAAGAGCUGUUCACUCCAAAUGCUCCUCAUAUCCAUAUGGGAUUGAAUGGCGUCGAGAUCUUUGUGAAUUCCAGUGGCUCGCACUACGAAUUGAGAAAGCUGCAAACCCGUGUUUCUCUAUACUGGGCUGUCCAAGCUGGGACUGACUUUGCGACUACCAGCAUUCGAGAGGCCACGAGACAGAAUGGCGGUAUUUACGUGUAUUCCAAUCAACGAGGCUGCUCGGGAGACAGAUUGUACUAUGAUGGCUGUGCCAUGAUCUUCGUGAACGGCAGACUGUUGGCCCAAGGGAGCCAGUUCAGCUUGAACGACGUUGAGACUAUCACCGCAAAUGUCGACCUCGAAGAUGUGCGCUCAUUCCGUGUCUCUCACUCGCGAGGUCUCCAGGGUGCCGAGGCCCUGCCGUACCCUCGUGUACCGGUCGACAUCCGCUUGACGCACCCAGGCUUCGAACAGACCGGAAAAUUCCUCGCCCCCUCUCCGGAUAUUCCAAUUCGCUAUCAUUCUGCCGCUGAGGAAAUCCAAUUGAACAGUAGCAAGGAGACCCGGUCUCGAGCAGCGGCGCUUGCGAAAGCCAUUGGAUCCUAUCACAUCGACCUCAACAUUGAUGGUGUUGUAUCUGCUCUUACCACAUUAUUCACUACUGUCACCGGAUUUACUCCGAGCUUUACUUCCAGUAACCCUUCCGAAGGGCUUGCUCUACAUGCCCAACUCUUACCGAGUGUCCGAAAGCGCAAAGGAGGCGGCGGUCUUCUAGUUCUCGGCUCCGCCAAUGUUGACGAGCAGCUCCGCGGGUACCUGACCAAGUAUGAUGCGAGUAGCGCGGAUAUAAACCCAAUCGGCGGCAUAUCUAAGGUCGAUCUUCGAAUGUUCCUCGCUCAUGCCCGGGACAACCUCGAUCUCCCUCUUUUACAAGGCUUCCUCGACGCCACCCCAACCGCCGAGCUGAUCCCGACAACCAAUGCCGAUGCCCACACCCAAUCCGACGAGGAGGAAAUGGGCAUGACAUACGCCGAACUCAGUGUGCUCGGCCGUCUGCGCAAGGUUGGCCGUCUCGGCCCAUGGGGCGUCUUUGAAAAGCUCCUCCCUAUCUGGACAUCUCCCCCACCAGACUCGGAGGCGAUCGCCACAGAAGCUCGCGGCGCACAUACAGAUCCCCAGUAUGUACACAGUGUGGCGCAUGGUGAGAGUAUGACGCCGCGUGCCGUGUAUGAGAAAGUGCGGAAGUUCUUUUAUUACUAUGCAAUCAACAGACAUAAGCAAACCACCCUCACUCCAGGAUUGCACAUGGAACAAUAUUCGCCGGAUGAUCAUCGAUAUGAUAUGAGACCCUUCUUAUACCCCAGCUUCACAGCGCAGUACCGCAAGAUGGAGCACGCAGUCAAGGUACUUGAAGACAGUGCGAGAAAUGGUGCUUGA